AUGGGUCGACCGAGACUUAUCAUCCUCAUUCGACAUGGAGAGUCGGAAGGCAAUUGCGACAAGUCCGUCAACAGACACACAUCCAACCACCGGAUCAAGCUGACCGCCAACGGCGAGGAGCAGGCCCGGGACGCCGGCAAACGCCUCGCGGACAUGGUCAAUAAGGACGAUACCCUUCUCUUCUACACAUCGCCGUACCAACGGACCCGACAGACCACCCAGCUGAUAUGUGAGGGCAUCGAGGAAAAGAACAUCAGCUACAAGGUGCAUGAAGAGCCGCGGUUGCGAGAGCAGGACUUCGGAAACUUCCAGGCGUCGGCGUCGGAGAUGAACAAAAUCUGGAACGACCGGUCCCAGUACGGUCACUUCUUCUACCGAAUCCCCAACGGCGAGUCUGCUGCCGACGUGUAUGACCGAUGUGCUGGGUUCAACGAGACAUUAUUCCGCCAGUUCAACAGCGACAAGUUCCCCAGUGUGCUGGUGCUGGUGGCACACGGCAUCUGGAUCCGGGUGUUUCUCAUGAAGUGGUACCGGUGGACGUACGAGAAGUUUGAGUCGCUGCGCAACCUGCGCCACUGCGAGUUCAUCAUAAUGAAGCGCCCCGAACACACCCACAAGUUUGAGUUGCUCAACAAGAUGGAGACGUGGCACGAGCUGGAGGCCGAUGAGCGCAAGCAAGAGAUUAAGAACUCGACCGAGGACUCCGAGGACGAGUGCAUGCCCAACCCGGACGAAGACUGUCUGGUGUUGAAGGCUGUGCCGGAAAAGAGCGUCACCAGCCUAACCCAGCAUGAGAAGGACAUUCUCAAAAAGUACAAGGCUGCUCAACAGUUUCACAAGGAGGAAUAA